UGUCUAGGCCGCCAUGCAGAUCUUCGUCAAGACCCUCACGGGUAAGACUAUCACCCUCGAGGUGGAGUCUUCGGAUACCAUCGACAAUGUGAAGUCCAAGAUUCAGGACAAGGAGGGAAUUCCCCCGGACCAGCAGCGUCUUAUCUUCGCCGGAAAGCAACUUGAGGACGGCCGCACCCUUUCGGACUACAACAUCCAGAAGGAGUCGACCCUCCAUCUCGUGCUGCGUCUCCGUGGUGGAGGCAAGAAGAGGAAGAAGAAGGUCUACACCACCCCCAAGAAGAUCAAGCACAAGAGGAAGAAGACCAAGCUCGCUGUCCUCAAGUACUACAAGGUCGACGGCGAUGGCAAGAUCGAGCGCCUUCGCAGGGAGUGCCCGCAGCCCGAGUGCGGUGCUGGUGUCUUCAUGGCCGCCAUGCACAACCGCCAGUACUGCGGCCGUUGCCACCUGACCUACGUCUUCGACGAGGCUAAAUAAGCGCAUCCGAGUGCACAUCACGAUCGACACGAGUUACGGCAUCAUGGCAAAUAUGGGAGGACUAAAUAGGUUUCACCAAAUGUCGGCUAUCGAAUGAAUCUGAUCAACGACUUGUCACU